AGCUAAUUGCUUAACCGGUUAAUUGGUUAGGAGUGUGUGAAACCAAACCAAAUCACCUAAACCAAACAAAACGAAAAAUUUGUUCAAACCAAACGAAUCAUCCAAAUCAACCAAACCAAAUUACCCGAAUACUUCCAAUUAAAUGGUUACCACAGACCACGAUAACCACUAUGUUUGAACACCCCUACAUUUCGCUGUCUUCCUUUCCCAUACCCUCCAAAAAGUUUGGACCUUGCGGGUCUAAAAGUUAUCACGGUCUGAUCGUGAUAAUGCCAUCAAGUUCGUGAAGACCUUAAAUGAAACGAUGCGUUUUUUCCCGAGAUCACGGGCGAGGCUUCGAGAUCACGCCCGUGAUAAUCGACCGUGAUAAGCGCGCGACUAGAGUAUUAAAGGAGAAGAGAGCUGAAAUUUGAAGGGGGAUCCUAGUGAGAGAUUGUCUUCUUCUUGUGAUUUUACAGAGAGAAAGUGACGAACAAAGAGAGAAGAAGAAGUCUAGCGUUUGCUCCUAGCUAGAGGAUUGAACAUUUUCAAUUCCAAGGGUGAUUGCAAUCACAAGGAAGGAAGUCAAACACCACACCAUGGUUCUUUCCCUCCUCUUUGUUUGUAAUCCCUAGCUUAGCUAUGGAGUAGUUCUCUUUUCACUUGGGUGUGGGCCCUAUCCUAGAAAUGUGAUAGGUUGUUGGAUUUGAACUCUAUGUGUGUAGAUUGUUGAUUCGGGGCUAAUUACACACAUUUUAGCCCUCAUUUCUUGAUAGUUUAGCCUUGUAUUUCAUCGUCCCUCGACCUAUUUUACACUAGAUUGUGAUAUUUUUGAUACAUUUAAGGUCAUAGCACGUGUGGAAAUUCGAGGACGAGUUUCGGGACGAAUGGAGGUCGAAAAGAGCCAAAAAGUGAAGAAAAGUCUGAAGUUGACCGUGACAAUUGCAUGACGGGCGUGAAGUUCGCGAGAAACAAGGAGGUUUUUGCACCUCGCGGGCUUGAAGAUUAUCACGGUCGCCUGACCGUGAUAAUUGUCCAGUGAGCGUGAUAUUAGGCCAAAACGGCAGCAUCCUCCCGCGUUUUUGUCCGAUGUCACGGUCUAAGCUCCAAAGUCACGAGCGUUAAGUGCAUAUCGUGAAAGUGACUUCGGGCUCUAUAAAUAGAAGGCAGCCGGGAGAGAGAAGGGGAGGCUAGAUCUUGGGGUUGGUUUUACAUUUUUUGGGUUCCCUUCUAGGGUUCCAGCUGAAGAAACCCUAAGGGGGAAACCCUAGUGAGAGAAAUGUCUUCUUCAAAAUCUAGAGAGAGAAAGUCAUCAGCAAGGAGAGAAGAAGAAAAUUUGGGAUUACUUCAACCUAUAGGAGUGAAGAUUCUUACCCCUCAAUUAGGGGUUCUAUUUGGUUACCCUGUUAACGAUUUAAACGCUAACCAUACUGUUAACUGACAGUAAUCGAUUACACCGUUAACAGCCGGUAACGGUUGUCGGACACCGUGAGGAAUUAAACGGUAUACCGUCUGUGUUUCUAUUGUUUACCGUCAGCAACCCGGUUAACCACAUAUCGAUACCCCGACGAAGACCACAUGUUUCAGCCGCUGCUUACCGACUAUGCGCUAGCACCGAUGGUGAACUAGGACCAGGCGCAACGGGUGAUAAUGGCAUACAAGUCGCCAAAGUUCAUAAAGACAGAUUGGAGGACAAAGAAGACGAAUGUGUGGAGCCCUGUUCAUGGAGCUUUUGAUGGGGAAGUUCCCAACGAAUUACUUGUGGCGAGGGAAAGGGGCGACAGAGAAAUACGUGGAAUGAUCUGGAAGGCAGUGAAUCACAGAGCUAUUUCUCUGAUGCUAGCGUUUCUCUUUAUCUUCUUUUUAUUUAAGUUAGGUGGUGUUAUUUAGAAGGCGGGAUGCUGAAGAUGCUCAAUUACGAAGCUAAUUAGGAGCUCACAUAUAAGGUAAUCACAAUAAAGAAAAUAAUGAUAAUAAACCACAAAACUAAUUAGGAGCUCACAUUUAAAUAAUUGUCCAAGAUUGAGAACAUGAAUGAGAGAGAACAUAAAAAACCAAGCAAAAUUGGGGGAGAGAAAUAUUGUGUGCGGUUAUCGGAUAAUCGCUUUGGUAAUCAAUAACCGGCUAGCCGGUUAGACAGUUAAUUGGUAGGAAUUCAUUGCGGUUGUUGGCAGCCACUUAUUGUGGUUCGGUAUACCAUUAACUGGUUAGCCGGUUACCAGUUAAAUCAGUUUCCGACCGAUUACCAUCCCUACUCUCGAGGAAUUCUCAUCAACAAGGAGGGAUGACAAGCAUCCACCAUGGUUAUCUCUUCACUUGGGUAUUGUGAACCCUAGUCUAGAUGUGUGUUAGGAUGUAAGAAAAUGACUCUAUUUGUGUCUUGAUUGAAUUUUUAUAUAAUAUUUGAGGUAUUAUUCAUGAAUGAUUGAGUGUUGCUACCUUUAACUCAUUAUUAUGCCAAUUUGACCUAGGUAGAGGGAAAUCCCCUUCUUGCUAAGAGGCUUUUAUAAGUUGGAAUUCCUUGGACAAUUGAGCCACCUACUUAAUUAGGGCAAACCUCAAAUAUCGGAUAAGUGCCACGAUCCCAUCAUGAUUGGUCGCUAUCCGUUGUUCCCCGUUCGGAUGAAUUUUUGAGGGAUUGGUUCUUGCAACCCUUGGUUAAUUGGUUAAGAGGGUUAGAUUCCUAGAUUAUAGUUGCAAUCCUGACUCGCACGGACUACAUCAAGAUUUAAAUCCCGACUAGAGCCCACGUAGAAACUCUAGCCGAGUGCAGUAUAGGGAAAAUGUGUUUUUAUUGUCAAACCCGGGCCAGUCCGUGUACCCCUACUUCAAUCGCUUAAGUUGUUAUCUAGCAACACGAUGUUUGGUUAUUUAAAGCUAAAGAAACUACAAAUGAAAACAAGCAAGAAAAGUAAAUCGAGGAGAAUUCUAUAUGAGAGGACUUCACUCGGGUAUUGCACCUCCUAGUCUCGUAUUAGGAAACCAUGAAAAGAAUUGCUACAAUAAUUGCUAGGGAACCUAGCUCUCUUAACCGCUCGGCUAAGUAUUGCAACAAUAAGCUAGGAGGCCUAGCUUUCUUAAUCGAACAAACCAAGGAAACCUAACUCUCUUAGCCAACCAAUUAAAGAUUCUUGCAUUAAGUUAGUAGAAUAACUCUCUUAACCUUUCGGCUAAGGAUGACAACAAUAGGCUAGGCAAUCUAGCCCUCUUAACUAAUCAACUAAGGAUUGCAAGACCCAACCCUCGGAAGUUAAUCCAGGCGGCGGAGAGAGACCAAUUAUGAUGGGAUCAUGGUACUACUCCGAUACUUGAGGUUUUGGCCCUAGAUUAACCGAAAAGGGGUUACCCAAGUGGCUAGGAGAUCAAGCUCCCUAUGGGCCAAAGGGGGAUUUCCAAAUUCUAGGUUAAUUUGACCAAUUAUGAGAUGAUGCAAGCAACACUCAAUCAUUCAUGAUUAAUACAUCAAAUAUUAUAUAAAACACACAAUCAACACAAUAGAAUCAUGUUCAGUGCAGUCAAAAUCGCGCAUUAAAACAUAAAAACUUACGUUUUUACGUAUCCAGGCCACCAAAACGUUUCAGUUUCUGCCUAAAGUCGCUUAGUCACAAAAACUGGUAAAAACAUGAGUAAAAUCGGUAAAAUCGCUUAAAAUCGGUAAAAUCGCGAUUCUAAAGCGUUUUUAUACGAUUAUGAUCAUCUCAUAAACAUGUGCCAAUUGGCCCAAAAUGAUAUAAUUUUGGAGACAUAUCAGCAAAAAAUAAAAAUAAAAUGGAAAACAGGAU